UUGAAAAACAAAAUAGUAACCCUUCUCUGAUCCGAUGAAUUCUGAAUUUCACCUGAAAGGCCGUGGAGGAGAAAAACUGACCUUGGAACCAAACGUACUCUGCCUGCCAGCAACACAUGAUCAAGACAGGUUCUAGAAGCAUCAUCUGCUGGUUCAUUCUGGCGAUGAUCAUGUUAUACAUCAUCUACUCCUCCAGCCUCCUCCUCUUUCAGAAUGAGCGUCAAGAUUGCUCCCCCCAUUUAGAUGCCGUCACCACAAAACACCUCCAGCUGACUAGCACAUCCUCAACUACCAUCGGCGAUGAAGAGAAACAAAAGGCAGAUGAAGAAACAAAAGAAAAGAACCACAAAGUUAGAUCACCGCCCCCUCUGUUGUCUACAAGGCAAGACACCCAACUUAAAGACGUUGUUUUUGCCAUAGCAGCCUCGUCCAAGUUGUGGGAGGCUAGACAAGAAUACAUGAAGAUAUGGUGGAAGCCUAAUGUAACUAGAGGGGUAGUUUGGUUGGAUCAAAAAGUAAGUACUAAAAGUAAAGAGGGGCUGCCCCAGAUUCGAAUUUCUGGGGACAGCUCCAAUUUCAAAUAUACCAACCCUCAUGGGGAUAGAUCUGCGUUGAGGAUUUCAAGGGUAGUGACAGAGACAUUAAAGCUUGGGAUGAAGGAUGUAAGGUGGUUCGUCAUGGGAGACGAUGACACAGUGUUCGUGGUAAAUAAUGUAGUCAGAAUUCUUUCCAAGUACGACCACAGACACUUCUAUUAUAUUGGGAGCUCAUCUGAGAGUCAUGCUCAGAAUAUAUACUUCUCUUAUUCCAUGGCUUAUGGUGGGGGAGGAUUCGCUAUAAGCUACCCUCUGGCCAAGGAGCUGGCUAAAACACAGGAUCGUUGCAUUCAACGGUACCCUGGUUUAUAUGGCAGCGAUGACCGAAUUCAAGCUUGCAUGGCUGAGAUUGGUGUGCCACUAACCAAGGAACUUGGGUUUCAUCAGUAUGAUGUGCAUGGAAACCUAUUAGGCCUCUUGGCGGCACAUCCCGUAACCCCGUUAGUGACGUUGCACCACCUUGAUGUUGUGGAACCCAUAUUCCCACGAAUGAACCGAGUACAAGGCCUCAGACACCUUAUGCAGGCCAUCAAGAUAGACUCAGCCAGCAUAAUGCAACAAUCGAUCUGCUAUGACAGAACCAGAUACUGGUCCAUCUCUGUGUCAUGGGGCUACGUGGUUCAAGUCCUCAAGGGAGUAUUGUCCCCAAGAGAAUUAGAGAUGCCCUCGAGAACCUUUCUCAAUUGGUUUAAUAAAGCUGAUUACAACGGAUAUUCCUUUAACACAAGGCCUGCUUCCAAUUACCCCUGUCGAAAACCAUUCAUAUUCUACAUAAACAAAUCUCGAUAUGAUCGAGCCACUAAACAAAUUGUUGGGACCUAUACUCGUGAGAAAUCUAGAUCUCCCUUUUGCCAGGGGGAAAUGGAAACUCCGGAGAAACUCGACUCCAUUGUUGUCUUAAAGAAACCAGAUCCUUUUCGCUGGCAAAAGUCGCCAAGGAGGGACUGUUGUAGAAUUCUGCCAUCACAUAGAAGGUCAACCAUGUACAUAUGGGUGGACAAUUGUCGAGAGGGUGAAGUUGCUGAAUUGUAGCAUUGAAAGGUACAUACUGUUUAUUAUUCAAGGCGCAUGGCAAUAGAACAAGCUUCGAGUCAUAUUCCUAAAUCCUAAGGCUACGAUUGCAUCAGAAAUUCCACAGAACAUAAGUUGACAUAUUUUUACUGACCAUGAAAUACAAGCUACAAUGUUGCCA